AUGCCGAUCACUCCAUGCUUCAUGUGGGAAAUCAAACCAAAGAGCUACAUCAAUGAUGACAAGAAAUUCGCUGUCGCAUUGGAUGUGUCACACUUAAGACCAGAGGAGCUGAAGGUACAAUUGGAAGGACGUGAUCUUACCAUCGAAGGCCACCAAGAAGAACUUCGUCCACAGAGGGCUCUUUCUGAAGAUUGCGACCUGGAUGCCGUACACACACAGAUCGACAACAACGGACAACUCUCCGUGGAAGCUCCGAAGACUGGCCAACACACCAACAAGAGGGUCAUCCCAAGCAUGCCAGCUCCUAAGAAGAAAUAA